AUGAAGAACCCGUUCUCAAGCACAAGGCGAUCCGCACUCCUUGCUCCUCCACCAGAGCGUUCCGCAGAAGAACGAGCACUCGUCCGCCGCCUAGACCUAUUCCUCCUAACAUUUGGCUGCCUCUCCCAAGUUAUCAAAUACCUCGACCAGCAAAAUAUCAACAAUGCCUACGUCUCUGGCAUGCAAGAGGAUCUCCACCUCGAUGGCGACCAGCUCAACUACUUCACCACGGCUUUCAACGUCGCCUACUGCAUUAUGCUUGUUCCCUCGCAGAUCAUCAUGACAUACGUUCGACCGAGUUUCUGGCUCCCUGGACUGGAAGUUGCGUGGGGCGUCAUGACAGGGCUGAUGGCAAUGGUGACAAGCGCAAAGCAGGUCUACAUCAUCCGCGUCUUCUUAGGCGCCUGUGAAAGUAGCGCCUGGCCGGGCAUGAUGGCGUUAUUUAUGCAUUGGUAUACUCCCACAGAGCUGGCAAAGCGCAUGGGCUUCUAUCAUUCUUGUCAAGCGUUGGGGAAUAUGCUAUCUGGCGCCAUGCAAGCAGCCAUCAUGUCGACUUUGGACGGGCACUCGGGCCUUGCGGGCUGGCGAUGGCUCUUUGUCAUCAACGCAAUCAUCACAGUCAUCUGGGGCAUCUUUGGCAUUUUCAUGCUGCCAGACUACCCCAACAAACGCAACCCACGAGCUUUCUGGUUCAGCCGAAACGACCAAGAACUUGCUAUUGGGCGCUUGAUUAGGAACAAGAGAGCAGAGCCGAAACGUAUCACCUGGGAGUCUGCGAAGAGGACGUUCUCAUCCUGGGUCGUCUAUUUCGUCGCCAUCAUGUACGCAGGUACCGUUUUGGCGACUUACGGAUAUGUCUACUUCGGCUUGUUCUUGAAGGCACAGAAGAAGCCGGAUGGGUCGAGACGAUGGUCGACUGAGGAAGUCAAUGUCAUUCCCAUUGGAGGUGGAGCGAUCAACGUGGUGUUUGUCUGGAUCUGGGCGUUACUUUCUGACUUCCUUCAGACUCGCUGGACGCUGAUUGUGGCUCAAGGUGUUAUUGGCCUCAUCCCUUGCAUCGUUAUGUCCGUCUGGACGAGCCAUCCAUCUUCUGUGCCGAUCUCAGCAGCAUACGCCAGCUACUUCAUCAACUACCUCGCGCUGGGUACUGCGCCUUUGAUCUUUGCCUGGCUGUCAGAUUUAAUACCCCAAGACCCCGAAGCUCGCAGUCUGAUCGUCGGAGUAUCUGUUGCAUUCUACUAUGCCAUUUCAGCGUGGAGUCAAGUUCUUGUUUGGCCUGCGAGUCAGGCUCCUUACUACAAGUACGGCUGGCAAUCCUGCAUCGCCAUCUGGGUUCUGUGCAUUAUCAUGUGCUGCGUGCUACGAUACAUUGACGUUCCAUACCUCCUCCCCAAGCGCCUGGCCUUCGCGGCUGGUCUCGAAUCUGGAGAAGUCGUGGUUGCCGGACAUUCUGCGGCCAAAGACAGCAUCGAGGGCCAGGUAAUCGAUGAUGACGGCGACGACAUGAAGAAGGGAUCGACCGAAGUUACCGUGAAAACCAAGGACGCGGCUAGCUCUGCAUAA